UAAUUUUUUAGCGGACGUGAGGGGGGAUUGAAAUCGCGUUAAUGGCGCCUGCGGAGGACAUUGAAAUCCAGGUUGGGUUGUCUCCUUUAUCGGCUCACGUUUUCCUCUCUCUCUCUCCAUAGCUCGGCGCUUUCCCUUCCACACAGCGACCGCGAGGGAUAGAGACCGUCUCCAUCGCAAACCCUAGGGCGGUGGGCAGCGGCGGCGGUGGGGAGGAAGCGGCGGCGAUCGCCUCCUCGGCCUCUUCCUCUUCUUCUUCUUCUUCUUCUUCUUCUCCGUGCGGCGUGUUCUUCCUCCGUAGAUCUCUGCGGCGGGUCCUCGGACGCGGAGGCGAGAAAGAUCGCUCCUUUUUUCGGUUGUUUUCGUUGGUUUUCUUAGGCUUUCGAUCUCCAGUCGUUGUUUUCGCCCUGGGGUCAGAGGUUGGAGCGAGGGAUUUGGAUCUAUCCUGGAGCGGAAACCCUAGGGAUUUGGGGCUCUUGUUGGUGUUUGGGUCGGGGGAGAGAGGGUCGUUGGGGUUUUUGAAUUGCGUUGCUUAGAUUCGUGCGGCGGAGGGGCCUAGAUGCCCCUUUGUAGCUGGGAAAUUUGAUGCCUCCUGAACCCUUGCCGUGGGAUCGCAAGGACUUCGUCUCCAAGGAAAGGAAGCACGAUAGAGGGGCGGGCUCCGAUGCCCUAGGCGGCGGUGGCGCCUCCUCUACGCCUUGGUGGAGAGAGCCCUACCACGGGCCUCGCCCCUUCUUCCGCGCUUCCCCUCGCCGGCCUCCGUCAGGCCAUUACCGGCAGGGCGGAGGGUACCACCAGUUCUAUCCCGAAGAUCCCGCCUCCCAUGGCUGCACCCCGUCUCGAUCGGACAGAUUUUGGAUCGAAGAUGAGGGCUUUAGACCCUCUGGAAGGUACGGCGGCGGGGGCGGUAGCAACAGGAGCGGCGGCGGCGGAGGUGGAGGUGGCGGCAGCAACAGCAGGGAGGGCCGGGGAUCUUUCCGGCGAUCUCCCUUUUGGGAUUCCUCUUCUUCAGGUUACUUCUCCUCAUCCUCUCGGCAGAACAAUCACCAUGACCAUCAUCACCCCCCACCAGUGACGGCGCCAAGGUCAGUCGCAGUCCCGAUCUCAUCACCCACAUCUCAUCAGCCCCCCUUGAAAGAUCACCAGAAUGACAAGAACAACGCUGGUGGUGUUGAUGAUGGCUCGGGUACAGGCCAGCGAUCAGAUCGGGACCAUCCGUUGGGCUCGAUCUCAUGGAAGCCGCUGAAGUGGCCUCGGUCGUCUAGCUUAUCCUCAGCAAAAUCUGGCAGAUCUGAGCCAGAGGAAGGAAAGCUGGAGGUUUCAGUGCCCUCGGGGCAGGAGACUCCGAUCCGAUCGCCGGUGACCUCCCCACAGCCCUCCGAUGAGGGUGCGGCAAGGAAGAAGCCGCGGCUUGGGUGGGGUCAGGGGCUGGCGAAGUACGAGAGGCAGAAGGUUCAAGGAUCUAUUGAUUUGACCAGCCCGAGUGCCGCCGGGGGCGCAGGAUGCUCCUCUCCGGCAACUCCUUCCUCUGCCACCUGCAGUUCUUCACCAGCACUUACAGAUGACAAGAUUUGUACAAAGGCAGUGAAUAGUGAGAAUGAAACAAAUAAUCAAAGUGCUUCUGGACUUGGCUUUCAACAUUGCUCCGGAGAAUCCUUAAUUAAGCUAGAUUACUUGGACAAUCCCAUUGGUUCCCUAACAAGUAUACUGGCUGACCUUUUGGGACCGGAGGACGCAUGCUCUGGAGAUUCUACUUCGACAAGACUUGUUGCUGUGAACAAAUUGUUUCAAUUGAAGGGAGAUGUCUCCAAGGAAUUGGAGAAAACUGAGAGUGAAAUUGAUUUGCUUGAAAGUGUGCUUAAAACUGUGGACUCUACUGCAGAAAAUGAUUGCCAUCUACCUUCCAACUUACCUGCUAGUAAUGCCUUAGAAUCUUGUUUAGGGGCUUCGGAUGGUGUAUCGGAGAAUUCUAAAGAUGUGGAAAUGGGCAAAUUAGAGGCAGUUCCUUCUGCAUUAAUGCAUUUUAAGGAGUCUGAUAUCAAAGAUGUUCAAACAGAACCAGCUGAAUGCCCUUUACGUCUGAAGGAUGAUACAUUAGAGGCGACUUCUAUAUGUGAUGAUGGUAAAAAGCAUUCAACUGAGGAUGUCAGCAGCAGAGAUUAUGCUAUUAUUGCAUGUUCACAUGGCAGGACAAGUUGUAACUUAAUAUCUUUAAUUACGGCAUCUAAUCAGGAUUCAGAAAGAAGAGCUUUAGAUGUUUUUAACAAAACUUUGCCUACUAAUCAAUCAAAAACUGAUAUCUGGGAAUCGAGUGACCUUUCUCGUCACAGGAAAAAUGACUUAAAAGUCAAGGAAAAGAUUGCUGUGCGUAAGCGCAUAUUAAAAUUCAAGGAGCAAGCUCUUUCUCUUAAGUUUAGGGCAUUCCACCACUUGUGGAAGGAGGAUCUUCGUUUGCUCUCUGUAAGAAAGAGUCGUACGAAGUCGAACAAGCGUGUUGACAUAAGCAAUUACUCUUCUCAUAGUGGCUCUCAAAAGCAGCGUUCUUCCAUUCGUUCCCGAUUUGCAUUGCCUGCAGGUAAUGUAACUCUAGUCCCUACAACUGAAAUAGUGGAAUUUACAAGCAAACUGCUCUCCGACUCUCAGACCAAGCUUUGCAGAAGUUACUUGAAGAUGCCUGCACUAAUUUUAGACAACGAGGAGAAAAAGCAUGCUAAGUUCAUUACUUACAAUGGUAUAAUUGAAGAUCCAAUUUCAUUGGAGAAGGAAAAGGCGAAGGUAAACCCAUGGUCUCAGGAAGAAAAGGAUAUUUUCAUGGAGAAACUUGCAGCUUUUGGUAAAGAUUUUGGUAGAAUCUCUUCUUUCCUUACGCACAAAACAACAGCUGAUUGCGUCGAGUUUUACUACAAGAACCAUAAGUCAGAGAGUUUCAGUGAAGUGAAGAAACUUCUAGAUCUUAGAAAGCAGCAACAGUGCUUACCCACUAGCACUUACCUUCUAACAUCAGAUAAGAGGUGGAAUCCUGGGGCAAAUGCUGCGUCACUUGAUAUGCUGGAAGCGGCUUCGUUUGUAGCAGAACACACCCAAAGUGUCAAAGAGAUGUCAGGAAAUGAGAGAGAAUCUAUAGCUGCGGGUGUAUUGGCAGGUAUAUGUGGUGCUAUAUCCUCCGAAGCAAUGAGCUCUUGCAUCACUACAACUAUCAGCCCUUCUGAAAAGAUAAAGUAUGUUGCGAAUGACCGACAGCUGGCAACAGAGGUAACUCAGAACCUUGACGAGGAAGAUACUUGCUCAGAUGAGAAUUGUGGUGAGGUGGCAUCAGUUGAUUGGACUGAUGAUGAGAAAUCUGUUUUUAUUCGCGCCUUAAGCACGUACGGGAAAGACUUUGCAAGGAUCUCGCAGUGUGUGGGGACACGGUCACGGGAGCAAUGCAAGAUCUUUUUUAGCAAAGCUCGGAAAUGUCUUGGGCUCGAUGCCGUCCUUCAGGGGAAUGACAAUGUUGGUAUUUUGCCUACGAGUGAUACCAAUGGAGGGAGGAGCGAUACGGAUGAUAUUUGUGCUGCUGAGAUAGACUCUGCAAUUUGCAGCACUCAAUCCUGCUCCAAGGUGGAUGGUGAUGUAUCUCAGUCUGUUGCUAACGGGAACAGUGAAGGGCUUGCUCAUGCUGGAGCUGAUAGGUCAAGCGAGAAUGAGGUGGCGGGAGGGAUAAACCUUGAAAAUGAGAGCAAGAUCGGCAGAAACCUUGAAGAAAAUGAGAGUAAAGUCGAGAGAAAUUUUGAAGAAAAUGAAAGCGAAGUUGGGAUAAAUCUUGAAGAAAAUGAAAGCAAAGUUGGGAUCAAUCUUGAAGAAAAUGAAAGCAAAGUUGGGAUAAAUCUUGAAGAAAAUGAAAGCAAAGUUGGGAUAAAUCUUGAAGAAAAUGAGAGAAAGGUUGAGAUAAACCUUGAAGAGAAUGGCUCCAAGGUUGAUAAGCAACAAUGUGUUGUUCAUGAUGUAAAGGUGGAAAAUGAAGAGGUUAAAGAAGAAUCUUAUACCACUCCCAAAAAUAGUGUUGCUGCACUGAGUUGUAAAGAACCAGUAGAGCCUGAAGUUGCGGAGAACAUUGACACAGAAAAAAAGAAAGUUGAAGGAGGUGUGAUCCCUCCAUCUGAGGCUUUUGUUACUGCUGGUUUGGAAGGGAAGUUGAACUCACAGACCGCAUGUGUUAUUCAACAAAAAGAUGCUACUGGAGUAUUAUCUUCUAAUGGGUUGAGAAAGGAGGUAAACUUGCAUCAACCGUUAGCGCCUGAGGUCGGAUCAAACAGGAGAAGGCGUGCAAGCAUUGAUUUGGGUACAAGUAGCAGCUAUACUCUUUGCUUUGGAUCGGAUCCUAGUGCUAACGAAAAUAACUUGUACCUGGAAAACAGUUUUGGUGUUUGUUCAAGGCUUACUACCAUUUCCACAAAUAACCUGCAUCAGCUUCCACUAGAACUUCGUACUUGUUUACCAAAAAAGACGCAGGGUAUUACAUUGAAGCAGGAAAAUUGUCAAUCUGUGCAAUCCAGCGCAGUUUUUUCUAACCCUUCAUCUAUUUGUUUCGAUGGAACUCAUCCUUCCCAGAUUAUUUUGAAUUCUGAUGAGCAUACAAACAAGCGGCAUCAGUGCUCGGCAGCAAGAGAUCUAUACCAGCAGUAUGUGCUAAAGAAUCCUUCGCUGAAUCAGGUUGAUCAACCCUUGCAGGUUCUAAAAGGGUAUCCGUUGCAAAUUUUCAAUCAGAAUGAGGUGAAAAGAGAAUCAGUUCCUUCAGUUAGUGGAAACCCUUUUUUACUCGAAAGUCAUUCAAGAAGAAAUGGUGCUUCCCAAUCGAACCCCUUCUUUGUUUGGAAUGCACAGAAGGACAAAUGCAAUGGGUCAAGUGUUUCGCACUCAAGCUCCGCAACGCUAACUCCCUCCAAAAUUGAUGAUAAGUCAGAAGUCCAGCAGUCUCAGUUGACUGGCGAUAUCAAGCUCUUCGGGAAAAUUCUUAGUCAACCCUCUUCUCAAAAGUCAACCUCUUCGCCACCUGAAAACAAAAGCAGGCCUCUCUCACCUGCAACGAAUGGGUCCUCUGCACUGGCGAAGCCAUCCAACAUUGUAAACGAUGGCGCUCCGCACUCAUCCGUGCCUGGAAGCAGCAGCAAGACAGGGCUUGAGGAGCUUCCGGUAAGAAGCUAUGGCUUCUGGGACGGAAAUAGAAUACAGACCGGCUUUUCAUCCUUGUCAGAAUCGGCUCUCAUGUUGGCAAAAUACCAAGGUUCCUUGGCUGGAGUAUCGCUUUAUAAAGAUGGUGCUCCGGGGGGCAAUGCCAUUAUAAAAGACUAUCACCCAUCUUUUUUGCAGCACUUGUCGUCGGACGGGAAGCGGGUCGAGAACUUCACGGAGCUGCAGAAGAGGGGGGCUGGGAUCGAACCCAUGUCGGGGUUCAAGCAGUCCGGAAGGGCAGUGGUUCGGUUAGGGGCGGCAAAUAUUGUGGGGCCCGCAGGGAUUCUUGCCGAUGGAGCUGUCUCUGACCCAGUUGCGGCCCUAAAAAUGCUGUAUCCUUCAAGCGGUCAAGUUAUUGGCGCCGAAAUGAAAUCGUGGACGGGAGAUAUAGGAGGUAGGUAGGAAAGGGAAGAAGGAAAAAUGUUGUGAGGGUCUUUGAUGCCCUGUUGUAUAAUAUUAGUUUUUUUUUUUUUUCUUUUGUUACUGGAAUGAAAUCAAAACAGGGGAAAGUGGAUUUGCUUUCCUGCCCAUACACUCUAGGCUCUUCUUGAAAUUAGUUGCUCUUAUUAUCCUCACUCUCCGAGGACGGUACCCAGUAUACCAGGUGGGCCGUUUUUAUUUCCUUUAUUAUAUCUUCUCAUCAUUAUACAUAACCAAUUGAUUCA